ACCUCGUACCUCCUAACGCUUCCGCGCCAACUGUUUCCCCCCGGAACCGAGGGAGGAGUGGUCUAGGUCCCUUUAUUUUCCGCGGCCUAUUCUCACCCUUCCUCUCCGAUUGCUUAAGAUCAUCUCCGCGGGCUCCUUGCCCCGGCUAGCCCCAUCUCCUUACACAACCAAGCCCCCCUCAGCUCCCCAGCACACACUCAGAUACACUCACCCGUGAUCUGAUCACCUGUGAUGAUAGUAGUCCUUGGCGUCCAUUUGGCCAGGGGCUUUUCAGCUGCCACUGUGACAGACCCUGAGGUUCCCCUCAAGCCAGUAGCUGCUGUCUCCACUUGCAACUUUCCUCUCCUCCCACUCCUAACAGCCAGUUGUGGCACCUCUUCUCAGCACCAGCGUUACUUUUAGCAGGAGCAUACCUACUUCUUGAGUGUCUUGAUUAAAAGUUUGUGUGCCAUGGAUAGGCUGUGUUCCUUCAGAAAGGUGUCAGUCUAAUUUUUGUUUUUAUGAACAAUGAAUGUUCUCAUCUUCUAGGCGCUUUGAUAACCCUGUCUGCCUUGGAAUCUGUACUGACCUCCCCAGAGGGAGACUCUUAGACCCAGCCUUUCUUGAACAACCUUGGUCCUGGGGAGCAGCGCCGGAUCCCAGGCUCUCACUUAGAGGCUUGGCUUAGAACUGUCGCUUUUUCUCUAUCCACGCUCUGCAGGUGACACCCAGGGCAGCUACACUCAGAAGCCACAAGGAAUGCUAGUGGAGCCCCUCAUCCCUCCCAGCUUCUCUUCCAAGCUGCCCCGUGGGGCUUGAUCCAGGAAGCUACUUCAGAAAGGUUGUGGGAUACCCUGGGAGGUUUCUUGGUGGGAAGCGUGUGAACGCGGAGCAGUCUUGGAUAACUUUCUGCUGUUACUAUCUAGCAUAAGAGGGUGGGCAGGGUUGGCGAGAGGACAGGAAUUUUUCCUCCUAGGACCAAACGCCUGGGAUUCAUAAUCUUUCACCCUUUCUCCUCCAGCUAUACCCUUUUUGUACUCUGUAUAUACUAUAUUGCAGUAGACAAUCAUUCCAAGGGUACAACAAGGUUUACUACAAUGUGAGGGACUCAGCCAUUGCAAAUUGUACAGAUGAGGGCCCUUGGAAGAAAAUCCUUGCUGUGUCCAGGCUGAGGCUGGGGGCUAAUGACAGCGUGAGCUCUAGAUGGUGUGAGACCACCCCAAAGCCAAGAAAUGGCUACAGCCGUGGAACCAGAGGACCAGGAUCUUUGGGAAGAGGAAGGAAUUCUGAUGGUGAAACUGGAAGAUGAUUUCACCUGUCGGCCAGAGUCUGUCUUACAGAGGGAUGACCCAGUGCUGGAAACCUCCCACCAGAACUUCCGACGCUUCCGCUACCAGGAAGCAGCAAGCCCUAGAGAAGCUCUCAUCAGACUCCGAGAACUUUGUCACCAGUGGCUGAGACCAGAGAGGAGGACAAAGGAGCAGAUCCUAGAGCUGCUUGUGCUGGAACAAUUUCUUACCGUCCUGCCUGGAGAACUACAGAGCUGGGUGCGGGGCCAACGGCCAGAAAGUGGCGAGGAGGCAGUGACGCUGGUGGAGGGUUUGCAGAAACAACCCAGGAGACCAAGGCGGUGGGUGACUGUCCAUGUUCACGGUCAGGAAGUCCUGUCAGAGGAGACGGUGCAUUUAGGAGCGGAGCCUGAGUCACCUAGUGAGCUGCAGGAUCCUGUGCAAAGCUCGACCCCUGAGCAGUCUCCUGAGGAAACCAUACAGAGCCCAGAUCUGCGGACACCGGCAGAGCAGCGUCCACACCAGGAAGAGGAGCUCCAGACCCUGCAGGAGAGCGAGGUCCCAGUGCCCCUGGACCCAGACCUUCCUGCAGAGAGGAGCUCUGGAGACUCAGAGAUGGUUGCUCUUCUUACUGCUCUAUCACAGGGACUGGUAACGUUCAAGGAUGUGGCCGUAUGCUUUUCCCAGGACCAGUGGAGUGAUCUGGACCCAACACAGAAAGAGUUCUAUGGAGAAUAUGUCUUGGAAGAAGACUGUGGAAUUGUAGUCUCUCUGUCAUUUCCAAUCCCCAGACCUGAUGAAAUCUCCCAGGUUAGAGAGGAAGAGCCGUGGGUCCCAGAUAUCCAAGAGCCUCAGGAGACUCAAGAGCCAGAAAUCCUGAGUUUUACCUACACAGGAGAUAGGAGUAAAGAUGAGGAAGAGUGUCUGGAGCAGGAAGAUCUGAGUUUGGAGGAUAUACACAGGCCUGUUUUGGGAGAACCAGAAAUUCACCAGACUCCAGAUUGGGAAAUCGUCUUUGAGGACAAUCCAGGUAGACUUAAUGAAAGAAGAUUUGGUACUAAUAUUUCUCAAGUGAAUAGUUUUGUGAACCUUCGGGAAACUACACCCAUCCACCCCCUGUUAGGGAGGCAUCAUAACUGUUCUGUGUGUGGAAAGAGCUUCACUUGUAACUCCCACCUUGUUAGACACCUGAGGACUCACACGGGAGAGAAACCCUAUAAAUGUAUGGAGUGUGGAAAAAGUUACACACGAAGCUCACAUCUUGCCAGGCACCAAAAGGUUCACAAGAUGAACGCGCCUUAUAAAUAUCCCCUAAACCGGAAGAAUUUGGAAGAGACCUCCCCUUCGACCCAGGCUGAGAGAACUCCAUCAGUGGAGAAGCCCUAUAGAUGUGAUGAUUGCGGAAAACACUUCCGCUGGACUUCAGACCUUGUCAGACAUCAGAGGACACAUACUGGAGAAAAACCCUUCUUUUGUACUAUUUGUGGCAAAAGCUUCAGCCAGAAAUCUGUGUUAACAACACACCAAAGAAUCCACCUGGGAGGCAAACCCUACUUGUGUGGAGAGUGUGGCGAGGACUUCAGUGAACACAGGCGGUACCUGGCGCACCGGAAGACGCACGCUGCUGAGGAGCUCUAUCUCUGCAGCGAGUGCGGGCGCUGCUUCACCCACAGCGCAGCGUUCGCCAAGCACUUGAGAGGACACGCCUCAGUGAGGCCCUGCCGAUGCAACGAAUGUGGGAAGAGCUUCAGUCGCAGGGACCACCUCGUCAGGCAUCAGAGAACACACACUGGGGAGAAACCAUUCACGUGCCCUACAUGUGGAAAAAGCUUCAGCAGAGGAUAUCACUUAAUUAGGCAUCAGAGGACCCACUCAGAAAAGACCUCCUAGCUAGGUCCCCAUGUGAGGAAAUCUGCUUUCAGCCCUCACCUAAGGGAGGUGAGGAAUAGGAAAAGCCCUCUUGUCAGCCGGGAAGACCUUUUCGAGGGAGUCUCCCUGACCUGCCCAGAUCUGACAUCACCUCUUCCUGCAACUAAAUACAAGCCUGGGCAGAACCUCUCAGCCUUCUUCUACGCCUUGAGGGAAUGUUUCAUCCAAAGUACAACCUGAAUUGAGGCUUCUCCUUCACUGGAGUGCGCCUGCCUCUACCUCAUGGGUAUAAAGUAGGAGAAUUAAGAGACUUAAGAGGUUGUGGUUACUAUAUCAUCCAAAAAUUAGGCUGUUACAUAUCCUAAAGACUGCUCAACAGCUUCAAGUUGAAAGUGGCCAAGGACAGCCCCUUAGGUUUGGGAAGGGACAAGCCUGAAGGAUUCUGUCUUUAGUGGGGUCAAAUCUUAAAGCACACAGCUCUGAACUCAAAACAGGAGGUUUAUGUCCUGAUGGCUUCGCCACACAUUCACAGGAUAACUGUAUAGAUCCCUUGCUGUCUGAUUCACCUCUUACCAUGCACUUUCCUUUGAUGCUGAGGAGAUAUGGAAGUGGGCGAAAAAAAAAAUCUCAAGGCUGCUUCACGUGGACCUUGUCAAGCUGCUCCCUCCCUCAGUGUCAAAUUGUUAUCAGGUGCCAAACACUGCUAGAAAGAAGGGCCUAGUCAGAAGCCUCUUUCCAUACGAAUUUUGGUUUUGUUCUUAAUAUUUUUUUCUAUUAAAAUACUCAUGCAUUUAACCUUCCCAUUAUUCAACCAGUCUCUUGGUUUCGUCCCUAGCACUUCUACUAUAAGUGAGAUGGUAGCGUUUGAGUGCUUAUUGAGUAAAGCAUAAUUCGGUUAUAAUGAAAUCAUUCACAUUCCCUCAUAUGCACAAGCCUACCAACCCCUUCACACCCCCCUUCACAGGGGUCGUGUGAGUAAGGGGAUUUGGAAACUGUCAAAUUACAAAGCACUGUAACAAUUACAGAAUCAUCAUUGCCAUGGGCCACUUUAUUUACAUGAAGACAACUGGAGUACGACUAAGACCAAAUUAUGGAAAAUAAGAAAAAGCUGUUGCUGGCAAGAUCGUCAAGACUAUUCUGACACCCUGUCCCCAUCAUCCCUGACUGAGUACUCUGACAUCACGGAAAGUGUUGAACCUGGGACCCUGAGGAAUUCACCAGGAGUAAAUGGCUUUCAUGUAUUUGUGUCGUUUGCUUUUUCUUACGUGAUUUUAUGUUCAUUUAAGAACUAAAAAGUAGCAUCUCAUGAUGGCCCAAGGAUCUCUGUUGCUGGUUAAAGGUUCCUUGGAGAUGAGGCUGAAUAAUUAUGAACCUCACCUGCUGUGAUUGUGGGAGUGGCAAGAACUGGGGAGACGUCCUCCAUAAGUGGAGCACAGGGUAUGGGGUUAAAGCAUGACAGGGAGAGUCUUCUGUGCCUGGUUUCUUCUCCUCUAUCUCAUAAUGCAUUAUGGGCCAGAGGAAUAGGGGAGGGUUAAUAAGACUCCAACCCUAAUGGCCCAACAGGGAAAUUCUCAUUUUGGUCGAUGAUAUUCUGAUGGACUGGUUUGGUCUUAAUACCAGUCAACCAUUGUCCCUCUGGAAAUAUACAUAUAUGAAAUAAAUAAAGGUAACACUUGGCAGCCAA